GCUGCUCUUCCCCGCCCCACCGGGACCGGCGGCAGCGGGUGCCAAACCGCCCCCAGGGAGCCGCGCCGAGGACGCAGCCAUGCCCAGCGAUGACACUCAGCGGCCGGACUGCCGCCUCGUCUCAUCCCUCUCCGGUGCUGCACAGAGAACGAGGAUGCCAUGAGAUUUCCCACAGGCCCUCACUGCAUGGCACCUGGCUGUAAGUGAACCGGUGGGAAGGAGGGGAUAACUGACGGCAGAUAAUGACGUGAUGGUUCCGGUUGUAGAACGAGCGCAAGGGGGCUCCGAGCGUCUUUAUUGACCGGUACCGGAGAGGAUAUCACCGGACUUAUUGUGUGUGGAACCGUUUACGAUACUGGACAGACCGCACUUGUAAAAAAAAAGAAACGGUCUGUCAAACAGGUUGCUGAGAUUUCCUUCAAUCUGAAAGGGGGCUUUGCAGUACAGUCGAGGAUGCUAUCCCCCAGAUGGUGACUUCUACAGGAGUUCCAGUGAGAGGAGGUUUUGAGAGUAACACUCCAUAGGCCGGUCAUGGUUUCCUACCUUCACACACUCCUUCAUCUCUGCAUCUCUCGCUGUCUUCUAAUGCCUGAAACUUCCCCAGCUGUCUGAUAACAGCUGCAUGAUAACCAACUACUUACAACAUGUUUCAUCAGUUACAUCGGUUACAUCAUGGUGUCACAUGAAUAUACUAAUUCAGCCUACAUUGGUUAUCUUUGCAGGCAUUAUAGAAACCUUUGUUGGACGGUUUGAUGGAGAGCUGGUCGAAUGUCAGCAGGAACUAUUGUUAUAUCCGGAGGAAUUCUCGCCGGAGUGAUACUGCUGUGCAUUGUAGCAGUGCUCUGUUACUGUAGACUCCAGUAUUACUGCUGUAAGAAGAAUGAUUCUGAGGUGGACAUGGGCUCCGUUGUGGGAGAGGACCCUCUCUCUCACUUUCCCUGCAAUGCCUGCAACGCCCUCGCCAUGGACGGUGCAGCUAUCACCCCCGUCUCUCUGGAUCAGCUGGACACGGGUUGUCACCACAACCGCUGCCCCACCUGUUCACCAUACUCCCUCCGCUCUGGACUCACAGAUGACAUGCGCAACGGAGGGGCGCGGCUGGGCUUCCACACCUACUACGAGAACCCGUCUGUCUCUCUCCCACUGUCUGCCCACCCGCAGGGCUCCUCCCCUCUAAGUUACUGCAGUCACACGGACAUGUUUCCUCCCCCACCACGCCCCUACAGCACCCAGGUCUGAACUCUGCUGCACCAUAAAGACACACAGUCACACAUAUAGAAAACCAUUCAGACAUACUAACACACACCUGACAACUAACACAUGCCCUGUUGUUUGGGACUACAUUCAGGUGAUGGAUUUCGAUACUGCACAAUUACACACAUGCCCACAUUACUGUACAAGCUCACUUCUGCCACACAUUCCAGACUCAUUCAUCAUGAGGGUGACCCAUAAACUGAGCCCACUGACAGAGCCUCUGUGUGGCCAACACGUCCUGGGACCAAACCAUGGAGGGCUCCAGGCAGCAGCAUAAACCAGUGUUAGAUCUGCAGGGAAGUGGUAAAUAUUAUAACUCUAGUAUAACCUCAUUUUGUUUAACAUGAGGCCAGGUCACAUGCAUGAAAUGUGACUAAAAUUUAGGUGUGAACGCACCUCGAUUGAUGCAUCAUUCAAGCCACUUUUGCAGGUUGUCAGGUACACGUGACCAUGCAUGUAAUAUAGUGUGAACACAAAAGGGUCCCCAGGCACACUGAAAGACAGUCAAUUUUGUUGUGUAAGUACAAGGGAUGCAAAUUUUAAGCAAUUCCAAUAAGACACAUUAAUGACUUAUGAUUAUCCAUGAACCAUUAAAAUCUUAUGAAAUGCACAUUGCAUCUUUUCCCCCCAAAAAGCUACAUUUAAAGAGCCAAUGUGCACUUUUUUUGCACCAUAUGGGUGGAGCCAUGAAUUAAAUAAAUAACUUCCUAAAUAA